AAUUUAGACGUGAAUCAUAACAAACCGGUUUCGUACUCUUCCACGUUUUGCUCGAGUAAUUUCUAAUUUUCUAUCGUUUUUAUUGGUUUCCAUUUUGCUUUGUUUGACAUUUCAAAUUGAGAAAUCUUCUUACUUCCUGAUGGAUUCCGACUAUUAUAUUUGUCACGCCGCCGGCAGAGUAUAUUGUGGCUCCCCAAUUUGGCGGAAAUGUCGGUUAAUUGGGAGAUCCAUCAACGAUUCUCCAAGCGUUGACCCCCAAAUAUUCAUCGACAUUUGUGGCGUCUAUACGUCAUGAAUCAUGAUUUCAGCAGGUGGGCAUCAGGGAAGCUAGCCACAGGCUAAGCUAAGUACUCUUAAUGGUAGUGAAUUUUUCUUCUUCUGCAUGACUUCUGUACUCUUGUUUGUUUUUUGUAAAGGAGCAGAUAUGGAAGUAUUAAUCGUUGAAUGAUCAGACUAACAGAAAAGCAAAGCGCCAGAAGCGUAGAAAACACAAUCCGAGUCCCGAGAUUCCUAGGAGGUGAGAUUACAUGAUGAAAGCCUUUCAGUAGAAAUUGUGGUUUUAGUGUUACAGUAGUAUUGCAUCAGUACAUUAUAGAAACUUCUUUUUCCCACAGCACUAAGUUUUUUCCUUCCACAUGAUCACUCUGGUAUAUAUGUGUUGUUUCUAUUUGAAUUUUGUCUCAGCAACUAUCAACAUUACUACCAAACAAUUUCUCAAGGAUCCGGAAACCUUGGUAUCUGAUAAUGCCAUUUAUAAGAUCGGGAUUUUUAGCACUAACUCAACCAAUCGCUAUGUUGGAAUUUGGUAUAAUAUUGAGGCUUCUGAUGAAUUAGAAAUUGUAUGGGUAGCCAACAGGGACAACCCAGUUAAUGACACUUCUGGGGUGCUUAAAGUAUCUGAAGAUGGAAAUCUUCAACUCUUGAAUGGAGAAAACACGAUCUUUUGGUCAUCGAAUGUAUCUCAUAUGGCAAACAGCUCAGUUGCUCAGCUUCUUGACACCGGGAACCUUGUUUUGCUUUCAAGUGCGACCGGGAGGAUGAUCUGGCAAUCUUUUGACCAUCUCACAGAUUCACUCAUACCACAGAAGCUUUUAAUUGACAAGAAUAUAGAAGAAAAUCUACUACAAUCAUGGAAGAGCGUUUCGGAUCCAUCAAGUGGGCACUUUACAGUUACUUAUUCCCGGCACACUUUCAGAAUGUUUAACUCAGUAUGAUGAUAAACCUUAAUGGUGACUAUUUUCUUGGUGUCCCGGCUAAGUAUGUAGGGGUUGACAAUGAAUUUCGCUUUAUGAAUAAUGACCGUGAUGGCAUGCUUGACUUCUCAUUCUCUGUUGCAAAUGAAUCACUAAUGGUACAUUAUGUGCUGAAUUAUGAUGGAAAUUUGAUUCAAAAAUUCUGGAAUAAAGGUAGCAAGAAGUGGGGCAUUUCCUGGCAAUCUUUUAUGUCUGAGUGUGAUUAUUACGGUAAGUGUGGUCUUUUCGGAAGUUGUAACCCAAUGCAUUCGCCAAUCUGUAGUUGCUUAAAGGGGUUCGAUGUAUUCGAAGAACACCGUUGCAAUGCAGUGAAAAUGGUGGCAAAGUAGACGGCUUUCUAAAGCUUAAGAAUAUAAAAGUGCCGGAUUAUGCUCUUUGGUUGUUCGCAAAUGAUCAAGAUCGUUGUAGGAGCAAAUGCUUUCAAAGUUGUUCGUGUUUAGCUUAUGCAAAUCCUAUGGGGAUUGGGUGCAUGUUGUGGAAUGGAAGCCUAAUAGACAUACAAGAGUUUUCUGCUGGUGGUUGGUGCUGAUGUUUUCAUUCGAUUGGCUCAUUCAGAACUAGGAUGGAUCCAGCUAUAUUCACAGAUUUGGUAUUGUUCAAAUUCGAAGUGUUAGAAGUUUCUAUGGAAGGCCGUUUUUCAGAAAAAUCAGAUGUGUUUUGUUUCGGAGUGCUAUUGUUAGAGAUUGUCAGUGGCAGAAAAAACAGUAGCUUUCAGGAUUCCGAGUCUUGGAGUAUUUUAAUAUAUGCAUGGAAGUUAUGGAAUGAGAACGAUAUGCUUUCAUUGGCUGAUCCCGCAAUUUAUGAUCCAUGCUUCAAAGACGAGAUUUUGAAGUCCAUACGACUUGGGUUGUUAUGUGUUCAAGAAUUUCCGGAGGAUAGACCAACAAUUUCUGAAGUGAUUUUCAUGCUUGAUGUUGAUAUUAUCACCGAUCUUCCUCACCCAAAGCCACCUGGCUUCACCCAAAGGCAAGUUUAUUCUGCUGAUAGGUUGAUUCGAGAUGGCCACGAUCAUUGUUCUGUGAGUCAUUUUUCUCUGACUGAUGAGUGGUCGAUAGUGUGUUCUUCCUGAAGAAAUCAUGUAAAAUCUGUGCUCAAUUAUGGUGUAAAGAAUCAGAAGUAAAUAACAUGUAAUCCUUUAUGCAUGAAAUGAUCACUAUGAAAAGCAAAACUUCAGAAUCUUUGAUGGAGUUUGCUCUGCCUGAUUGUUGAACCUCAUUGUUUAUUGUUCUCUCCUUUUUUGAACUGUGAUAAUAUGAUUUGUUUACCUUUCUUGAAA